AUGUCUAAAACAAUCGGUCUUAUUAUCGGGUCACAACGUACUGCUCGUGUUGGUGACUCUAUUGCUAAAUGGUUCGCUCAAACCACUAAACUUGGAAGCAACUCACAUUUCAAAUAUGAAGUUGUUGAUUUAGCUGAUCACAAAUUACCAAUGUUGGAUGAACCAUUACCACCAAUGAUGUUGAAUGGAAAGUAUUCAUCACCAGUGAUUACCAAGUUUAGUGAGACUAUUGCAUCAAAGGAUGGAUUCAUAUUUGUGAUUAGUGAAUAUAAUAAUUCCUUUCCUGGAAAUUUAAAAAAUGCUGUAGACCACUUGUUUGGUGAAUGGAAAGGUAAGCCAUCGGUUGUAGCUAGUUACGGAUUCUUUGGUGGUAGUUCGUCCAACGACCAAUUCACACAGGUUCUCAACAAGAGUUUCCUUGCUAUGCCAGUCACCAACACUCGUCCCAAAAUGACGCUGAACAAGACCAUGUUUGACGAAGCUGGCAAGUUUAAAGACAUCACCACCGACUUUAAACCAUUCGAACAAUCUGCUAUCGAUUCUGUCAAAGAUCUUGAACAAUUAUUACAAGAUAUUGAAACUAAAAAGGUUGUUGAACAAAAUGCAUCAUAA